CUUUGAGCGGAAGGCAGUGUCACUGUGAGCGCUCCUGCAGGACUGGAGAGGUAUCGCGUUUCCUAGCGCUAACUUCACCGCCAUAUUACCACAGAGCUGAGCCCUGACAGGAGCAGCCACACGUCCAGAUCAUGUCCGGCCCUGUCACGAGUCGAUCCCGCGUUUAUCCAGACGUCAACACACAAAGACCACGAGAGUACUGGGACUAUGAAUCUCACGUCGUAGAGUGGGGGAAUCAAGAUGACUACCAGCUGGUGCGGAAGCUCGGCAGAGGAAAGUACAGUGAAGUAUUCGAAGCCAUCAAUAUUACAAACAACGAGAAAGUAGUCGUCAAAAUACUCAAGCCAGUAAAGAAGAAGAAAAUCAAGCGGGAAAUCAAAAUUUUGGAGAAUCUGAGAGGCGGACCCAACAUCAUCACACUUCUAGACAUUGUCAAGGAUCCUGUGUCUCGAACUCCAGUUUUGGUUUUUGAACAUGUGAACAACACAGACUUCAAGCAAUUGUAUCAAACGUUAUCAGACUACGACAUCCGGUUCUACAUGUAUGAGAUCCUAAAGGCUUUGGAUUAUUGUCACAGUAUGGGAAUCAUGCACAGAGAUGUGAAGCCACACAACGUAAUGAUCGACCACGAACACAGAAAGCUGCGUCUGAUAGACUGGGGUUUAGCAGAGUUUUAUCACCCCAGUCAGGAGUACAACGUCAGGGUGGCGUCUCGAUACUUCAAAGGACCUGAACUACUGGUGGACUAUCAGAUGUAUGACUACAGUUUAGACAUGUGGAGCUUAGGCUGCAUGUUGGCGAGUAUGAUUUUCAGGAAAGAGCCUUUUUUCCACGGACACGACAACUACGAUCAGCUCGUACGGAUUGCCAAAGUCCUGGGCACAGAGGACCUCUAUGACUACAUCGACAAAUACAACAUUGAGCUCGAUCCACGGUUCAACGACAUUUUGGGAAGACAUUCCCGGAAAAGGUGGGAACGGUUUGUGCACAGCGAGAACCAGCACCUGGUCAGUACCGAAGCGCUUGAUUUCCUGGACAAACUGUUGCGCUAUGAUCAUCAAGCUCGCCUCACCGCCCGGGAGGCCAUGGAGCACCCUUACUUCUAUCCCAUAGUGAAGGACCAGGCGAGGAUGGGCUCCACUUCAGGACUGUCCACUGGCUCCACUCCAGUCAGCACGUCUAGUAUGAUUACAGGUGAAUCAUAACAGGAGGCAUCACAUCGAUGUCCUCCUCUCAGCCGUUGGCCAACUUCGCAGGAUCUCCUGUCAUCUCCUCUCCCAGCGCCCUUGCCACGCAGGUUCCUGCAGCCACUGGUGCCCAGCCCUAAACAGACUCGCUGUCUGUCUCUCACCUGGGCCACAUUUUUAUGUUGAGUGUAAACAAAUAAAAGAGAGACUAAAUUAGGUUUCUUUUUUCCUUUUCUUUUUUUCCAUACAAUAAUUAUAUAUUGAAGCUCGGACACACAGCAGACAGUUAUGUUGUCAGUGUCCGGCAUUCUUUCCCAAUGAUGGUGUCUAUAUAGAAGCCACUACAGUGUAGAAAUACAGUAAAAUGGAUAAUAAAAUUUAUUUUAUAUGUCCCUAAGUUGGUUUCCGUUUGUUGUUUUGAAUAAUAUCAAGGGCUGUCUUGUUGAAUGUCAAAUUUAUGUACACACACACACACACACACACACUGGUUUUAGUAUGUUUCUUUAAUAAUUUUUUUUUUUUUUUUUAAACAUUUAAGUUUUGAGUGUAAUUUAAUUAUGAAUAUUAUUUCUUUAGGGGGGUUUAGGUGUCAGAGUCCUCAUGUAAAAAUGCUGUUUUGCAUUUUUCAAAUUUUAUCCCAGUAUGAAUGAGAAUGUUCCAGAGAACAUGUUGUGUGCUUCAAUAGAAGCAGGUAAAUCUGACCUUUCAUACAAAGGAAUUAGCGUGGUCAGAAUUGGCACUUUUGAUUAGUGAACUAGAGUGAAAUCAUAUUUAAUUAUUUCAAGUCAUAACAUCAUAAAUCUUUAUUUUUUUUAAAAUGGUAAAACUGUUGAUUUCCAGAUUAAAAAUGUCAUUAGAUAUUUAAUCCCAGUUUUUCAGUGUGGACCGAGACUUUUGGACCCUUUCAACACUUUGUUGACCGUAACAUUAAAAUCCACAGACAAUAUACAAUCUACAUGAUGAGGUUAGUUGUUUGGAUGGAUGUUUCAUGGUUAGUGACAUUCACUGUUAGAAAGACAUGAAUUACAAGGAAUUGAUAGUGUACAGCAGUGGUUCUCAACCUUUUUUUGAUGAACGCCCCUCUACUUCAUUCCCUUACCUCUGACUCCAAUGUCUCGUUUUAUCCAGAAUCUGCACAAAUAAGACACAAAAAAAAAAAAAAAAAAAAUAAAA